AUGGGUCUACAUGAAGACGAAGAUAGCCAGUACGCGGCGGAGGUUCAAGCUGUCCAGAACUGGUGGAAGGAUGACCGGUGGCGCUUCACCAAGCGGCCCUUUACUGCCGAGCAGAUCGUGGCAAAGCGCGGAAACCUGAAGAUUGAAUACCCAUCCAAUGUGCAAGCUAAGAAGCUUUGGAGCACACUCGAAAACAACUGGAAGAACAAGCAGGCUAGCUUCACCUACGGCUGUCUGGAGCCGACUAUGAUCACCCAGAUGUGCAAGUUCCUCGAUACCAUCUAUGUCUCUGGCUGGCAAAGUUCCUCAACAGCCUCGUCGACCGAUGAGCCUUCUCCUGAUCUUGCAGAUUACCCUAUGGACACUGUUCCCCGCAAAGUCAACCAAUUGUUCCUCGCACAGCUCUUCCACGACCGGAAACAGCGUGAGGAGCGCCUCACAACCCCCAAGGAACAGCGAUCGAAUGUUGCCAAUGUGGACUACCUCCGUCCUAUCAUCGCCGAUGCCGAUACCGGUCACGGCGGUCUGACUGCCGUCAUGAAGUUGACAAAGCUGUUCGUUGAGCGCGGUGCCGCUGGCAUUCACAUUGAGGACCAGGCUCCUGGCACCAAGAAGUGCGGCCACAUGGCUGGUAAGGUCCUGGUUCCCAUUAGCGAGCACAUCAACCGUCUCGUCGCCAUCCGUGCCCAGGCCGAUAUUAUGGGCUCCGAUCUCCUGGCUAUUGCCCGUACCGACUCCGAGGCUGCCACCCUCAUCACCUCCACCAUUGACCACCGUGACCACGGCUUCAUUGUCGGCGCCACAAACCCCAACAUCCAGCCCUUGAACGACCUGAUGGUCGCUGCUGAGCAGGCCGGCAAGAACGGAGCCGCUCUCCAGGCCAUCGAGGACCAAUGGACCGCACAGGCCGGUCUCAAGCUCUUCAACAACGCCGUCGUCGACACCAUCAAGGCCAGCUCUGCCGGUAACAAGCAGGGCCUUAUUGAGCAGUACCUCAAGGCUGCCAAGGGCAAGAGCAACACCGAAGCCCGCGCCAUCGCCAAGGACAUUACCGGCGUCGACAUCUACUUCAACUGGGAGGCACCACGCACCCGUGAGGGAUUCUACCGCUACCAGGGUGGCACCCAGUGUGCCGUCAACCGUGCCAUCGCCUAUGCGCCCUUCGCCGACUUGAUCUGGAUGGAGAGCAAACUGCCGGACUACAAGCAGGCUAAGGAGUUCGCUGACGGCGUUCACGCUGUCUGGCCCGAGCAGAAGCUCGCAUACAACCUCUCCCCCUCUUUCAAUUGGAAGAAGGCCAUGCCCCGUGACGAGCAGGAGACCUACAUUAAGCGCCUCGGUGAGCUCGGCUACGCCUGGCAGUUCAUUACGCUGGCUGGUCUGCACACCACUGCGCUCAUCUCGCACCAGUUUGCCAAGGCGUAUGCGAAGAAUGGCAUGCGCGCUUAUGGCGAGCUGGUUCAGGAGCCUGAGAUGGAGGAGGGCGUUGACGUUGUUACCCACCAGAAGUGGAGUGGUGCCAACUAUGUGGAUAACUUGCUCAAGAUGGUUUCUGGUGGUGUAAGUAGCACUGCGGCCAUGGGUAAAGGUGUUACCGAGGAUCAGUUCAAGAACUAG